CCGCCACAACAAACACCCGUCAAGCCCCGGCGCCACACGCCUCCUGAAACACUGAAGAAAUCACUUGCGUUUGCUAUUUUGGACGACGGCCUAACCGGCGCAUGUGACAACUCCUCAGGACAGCUCCAGGGCGGGGUGUCUGAGGCCCAGCACCACCCCCGCUAGGAGCUGCUGUCAUAGAGGCCAGCUUGUGAGAAAUGUCAAGUCACCUGCCAUAGCAAGAUCUUAGCACCUGGGGCAAGGCUGAAGGUGGAGGCCCAGUGACGCGAGGCAAAGAAGGCAACUCUGGCUCUCUGCUUUCCUGGAUCACCUGAGUGGAUGAGGACAGAUUGAUUCCUGUGGACUUCAAAGAAGCCCUCGUAUUUCCAUAUUGGCAGAAGACUCUCGCCUCCUCUUCAUUAAGAAACAGUAUCUUACCAUGACUGUGCAUGCAAGAAGCUGUUGCUAGUUAUAGGACUAUGCUUCAAUAUUUUUAUACAAGCACAUUGUAUUUCUGUGGGACUUUGCUACAGUUUUGUAUUUUAUGAACUGUAUUACUCAACAAAACAGAAAAGUUGGUUCCAUAUAAUCUGUUGGUGAUUGACUGUUAUACAUCCUUGGCUUCCUUGUUCCCUUGCGGAAGGCUUGAGCCAUGGGAGUGAAGGGUCUUUGGAAGCUCAUUGAGAGUGCCGGAGUGCCGGUGCCUUUGGAGACUCUGGAGCAUAAAGUGCUGGGAGUGGAUGUCUCCAUCUGGCUCCACCAGGCAGUGCGAGGGUUCAGGGGGCCAGGCGGCGCUGCAGUGGCCAACGCUCACCUCCUCACCCUCUUCCACCGCAUCUGCAAGUUGUUAUUCUACCGCAUCAGGCCGGUGUUUGUGUUUGAUGGGGGCGUGCCAUACCUCAAGAAGCAGACCCUGGCAUCCCGCAAACUGAAGAGAGAAGUGGCAACCAACAAGGCCAGGCAAGUGAGGGAACGCCUCCUUAACAACCUCCUCAAGAGCCAGGCUGUCCGUCGGGCCCUCGGGAAAACAGGCCCCGGCCCCAGUUCUGUCCAUGUGCCUCAGGUCACCAAAAAGGAGAAGGACUUGUAUGAGUUGCCACCCCUCCCCGAGGCAUUGACAGAAGAAACCCCUGUUGGUGACGAGGAGGGGAAGAGUGGCAUUAUAGAUAGUUUCGACCUUCCAAACCUCCACCAGUUUGAUUUUGAGAGUGAGGAGUUUAAGAACAUGUCACUGGAUAUGAAACAUGAGAUUCUGAAUGAACUCCAGGGCACGCGCAAGCAGAACUCCUGGGCCACCAUCAAUGACAUGCCCCAACAGUCAGAGAACUUUGCAGACUUCCAGAUGGCUCGCCUCAUGAAGCGCGCAAAGUUCCAGGCCACUCUGGACUCCACCCGAGACGAGAUUCAAAAGAGUAAGGUUUCGGAGAUGGAGGAAGAGCUGUUUGGUGAUUUGGAGAAGUACGUGAGCCUCUCUCGGCGCAUUAUCUCGGAGGAUGCCUCGCACGUCGUAUUCGUCAAGAAGUCAAGCGGCAAAAAUGACCCAGAGAGUGUUAAUGUGGAUUCAGACAGGAAGGGAAAAUCUCUCCUGAAAAAGAAGAAGCCCCUUGAUAAAGACUUUCUGACAGAACUUGCUAAAACGGGAAUUAUCCUCCACAACAAACAGCUUUCAGACUCUGACUCUGACGAGGAGAGAGAUUACUACCGUUCCAUGCACGAUAAAGAGUGGAGUGACACGCAGCAGCAGUCCAGCAAGGUGGAGGAGGAGAGCUUCCUGCAGGUAGUUGGGUCACUCAUGGAGAAUAGUGGUUUGACGCAGGAUGAAAUUCUUGCUCUCAUCCAACAGCAGCAAAGAGACAGUGUAGAUGUGCCAUGCAAGAGUGAGAUCAGUGAUGGUCCGAGCACUUCAGCAAACGCCCCGGGCAGCAUCUACAACCCUGAUGCUGAUUCCUCGGAUGAUGACGACUUCAUUGAGGUCACAGAUGAGCCGCAGUCCCCGCAGAAAGAUGAGAACAAGAAAAAUGAUUCCGCAAACAACAUAGACAAAUUACUAGGAACUAAAACCAAUAGCCUGUGGAUGAAAAUAGUUCAGGAAAAAGUUAAUGACAUGGUUCACGUCAACACCAUGAAGGCCUCGCCAAAGAAGGCCAUUGUGGAUUCCAGAGCAACUGAGAAACGAAGAGUAUCCGUGGAAAGUAAAAGUCCCCAAAAUGGAGCGGAAACACUUAAGCCAGUCAAGAUUUCUUUGGAUUUUGAAGUCAAGCCGCUGAAGAUGGAGGAUAACAUAUUUUCUGAUAUAUUUACUGACCUUGUAAGUCAACCACAGACACGAAAUAUCCCACGAUCGAGUCAAGAUACCAAGACUCAAGAUUCCUUAAAUAACGGCAGAACCCCUCAGCUUAAUGCCAGUCCAGAGGCUAACGGCAACCAUAUAAAUGUCAACAGUUGUACAGGAAAAUAUGGCAGUUUACCAGCUCAGAGUGGAGGGCAUGAAGAAGUGUUGCAUGAUGAAGUGGUAGAGAUAAUGAGUUCUGGGGAUGAUAGUGAAGAGGAGGAGGAGGAGGAGAACAACCCUUGCCUGUCAACUUCUCCUGUCAAGCCAAAUCAGACCCAGUCACCUUUAUCACGAUCAUCUGAACACAAGAAUACUGACGCCAUGGACUGUGUGCCUCCCAAGGUCACUCCUCGUAAUGAAAAAGAAAGUGCCUUCACAUCAAGCAGCGUAAUACCUGAAAAUCAAACACAAACUGAAACAGACUCCACAAAGAAUACAGUUCAUGAUAUCAAGUCCACUCAAAACACCACGUCAGGUCUUCCUAAGCUUGUAAACCUUGCUAGCACACAGAGGACUUCACGGAAUGGCUCGAGGUCUGCUAUUGAAACAACCACUUCAUCUGCUAGCAAGACUUGUGUUAUAGAUGAAAGCAGUAUAUAUGAUGCCUUGCCUUCAGAUAGUAGCACAGAUGAAAGCAGUUUAAAGAAAGGUACUAAUAUUAAAAAAGUUAGCUUGCAAGACACUAGAGAUCAACAACAAACUUCUGAACACACUCCUCCAUCUCCCUCUAACAACAGUGGCAGCAGUCCUGACACUACUAAGAAUAAGGCUAUGAACAGAGAACACACCACUCCAGUGUCUGAAAUGGAAGCAGAGACCAACAGGAACAUGGCAGAUCCUGAUGAUGAAGGUCUUGCCCCUCAGGAUAUCACAGAUGGUACUCGGGACUCCACAGACAGUGAAGAUAAAUUGCAAACUGAUACAGAUGAGCAGGAAAAAGAAGCAAGUAAUUCAGUUGAGGAAACGGAAAUGGAAGAAAGUGAAAUUGAAAGGCCACUAGAAUACACAGAGGAUGAACUUAAGCAUUUAGAAGGAGAGUUGGCGUCGGAACAGCAGGCUCUCAUCGCCCAGGCCCAGCAGUCUGACCGCGUGGCUGCCUCGCUGAAUGACCAGAUGUACGGGGAGUCACAGUACCUGCUGCAGCUGUUUGGCAUUCCCUACCUAGUGGCACCCAUGGAGGCAGAGGCCCAAUGUGCAUUUUUGAACAGUGCCAACCUUACAGAAGGAACCAUUACUGAUGACUCUGAUAUAUUCCUCUUUGGGGGAAACUCUGUGUAUAGGAACUUCUUUAACCAGGCCAGACAUGUGGAGCACUUCAAGGUGAACAACAUAAAAUCUACCUUGGGACUUGACCGACCCAAGAUGAUCACACUGUCCCUCCUCUCAGGGAGCGACUACACAGAGGGCAUUGAGGGCAUAGGGUCAGUGAGUGGCAUGGAGAUUUUGGCUGAAUUCCCCGGGGAGGGCAUCGAGUGCCUCAAAAACCUCAGGAAGUGGUGGAAUGUGGCCCACAAAGGCGUCUCCUCACUUCAGCCUUCCAAGGUCAAGCAGAAGCUGGUACAGGUGAGUCUGCCCGAGUCCUUCCCUAACGAGAGUGUGUACGAGGCCUACGUGGCACCUGAAGUGGAUGAAUCAAGGGAGAAGUUUUCCUGGGCGGUACCAAAUGUGGAGGCACUGCGGAAUUUCACCGGUGAGAAAUUUGGGUGGAAUCAUGCCAAGGCUGACGAGAUCCUGCUUCCCGUCAUGAAGAAAUUAAAGCUAAAAACAACUCAGAAGAGGAUAGAGUCGUACUUCACCAAUAUCAAGCUGGUGAAGGAGCCAAAGGUCGCCAGUAAGAGGAUGCAGGAAGCGAUAGCCAAGGCGAGGGGGAUAAAGCUGCCCGAGUCCGACCGUUCACCCAGCAAAUCACAGGCAAGGCCGAGGCAGAGAAAGAAGAAAGUGGUGAAAGAUGCAGAAAGUGAGCCAGUGACUGAAGAAAGUGAAGCUUCUGAUAAUGUCCUGGAUCCCAAACCCUCAAAACCCAGACGAACACUCCUAGUCGAUCCCUCAGAGGUGGAAAGUAGGUCAGUAACUGGAGGGCGGAGGGGACGGAAGAGGAAAAAAGAUACGGAAGAUGGAGGAGGUGGUAAGACAGAUUCUGAGGACGACCAGCAUCAGGCACAGCUUCCGAGGGCCAAGGGAAGUGAAGAGCCGCCGAGGAAACUGACCAAGGAGGAAAUGUUUAAGAGCUUGCUGGAGAAGGAAACAAUUUGCCAAAGAGAGAAGGAACAGCUGGAGAUGCAGGAGAAGAAGAUGGCUGCAGCUCAGAUACUCAAGAAACAAAAUAAAGAAAAGAGUAAAAGAAGGUGAUGGUUUACAAUGUUUAUUAUUUUAUAUUUAUUAAGAAAACCGACACUUGAAAAUAUAGUACUACCUCUGCUUAACAACUGUUUGAUUUAUAUGAACCAAGUCCGGUUGACCACAGAAAAGCCAUACUUGAAUUUGUAUAGCCAUUCAACACUGUAUUUACCAUCUGGGGCAAUGAUACCAGAUUAUCGUAUUCACCACAUUGUAUUAUCUGGUUUUUGAUACUUAACUAAUACAAAACGACAUCAAUUAACCAUUUCAACGAUAACUAUUAAGGAAUCGUUAUCGGGGUGCAGGAGACAGAAUAUGGGUCUGAAACCACACUGUAUUAUCUGUUUUUUGAUACUUAACCCAGUAGCAGCGAAGGGGCAAAUUUAUGGCUUUACCGUGUAGCAGCGACGGGCCAAAUUUGUGCCAUGAUAUAAACCCCCAAAAAUAGAUGCAUAAACUGAUCACAAAUGCUUUGAUAUAUAUUAUGAAAUGGUUUGUGUGAGGGGUGAUUUUUUCUCAUUUUUCUCGCUCGGGGGGACCAUUAAGAAACAUGAUCCUCGCUGCUUCUGGGUUAAUGAGUCUUGUUAUUGGCAUGCAGGAAACAGUUUAUGGGUCUGAAAUGUGUAAAUAGAGGAUGUCUUGUACGAUAAUCUGGCAACUCUGAUCUGGAGGACAACUUUCACUAUGGAUCUACAGGAAAUAGUGCAUUGAGACACCUCUGCAAGUAGCCUCAUCCUGGGUGAAGGCUUCCUCAAGGUGGGUUUAUAUGAGUAACAGAUAGUAGAUAGUACCACCGUUACCAGAAUAUAGUACUCAGAGCAUAGUAUUUACCAGUAUCUGACACCUAACUAUUGCCAAGAAACAUCAUUAUCGAACUCUUAACGACAACUGUAAAUGAGUUUCGUUAUUGGAGCCCAGAAGACAGUUUUUGAGUAGGAAGUCGGGAAAUAUAAGCGGCUGAGUACGACAAUCUGGCAACGUUGGACAGUACUCAUGUAUAUUACCUUUAUUGUCUACCUAUCUGCAUUAGUCCCUGUUAUCAAGUGAGGUGAGCACAGGAAGACACCAUUAACCCGGUAGCAGCGACUGGCCAAAUUUCUGGCUUUACCGUGUAGCAGCGACGGGCCAAAUUUAUGCCAUGAUUUAAACCCCCCAAAAUAGAUGAUACAUAAUCUGAUCACAAAUGCUUUGAUAUAUAUUAUGAAAUGGUUUGUGUGAGGGGUGAUUUUUUCUCAUUUUUCUCGCUCGGGGGGACCAUUAAGAAACAUGAUCCCUGCUGCUACCGGGUUAAGCAAGACAGUGAAAGAUAGGGUCGGAUAACAUUGCAGUGGAAGGGAGUGGAUGCAAGCUCCGCCGACUCACAGAUAGAUGAAGAAGAGUGAUCAGUGUCUUCCACGUUGUCAAGAUAAGAUGUAGAGUAGUUGUAGUAGUAUCAGGUCCUUGUGACAUGCUCCAGUGUCUUCAUAGUAUUCAUAGUUGCAGAGUUAGUGAUUUGUGUUCAUUAAUUUUCAGACAAUGAACACCAACAGGCUUCAGCUUUGGAUUCUCUCACACCCCAGCCCCAAUACCCCUCACAGGGAAGGUACAGAGGUUGGUCGUGGAGUUGUGGCCUUGACAUCAACCCAAACUUGCCAUACCACCAUUUCUUCAAGACUAAAACUAUCACCAUAAUAACUGCCCUCACAUAAUAUUGAGUUCCCCAUGAUCCUACUAUGAAAAAACAUUAUAAAAAGUUUCCUUGCAAACA